AUGGGGGUGAGUCCUCUUUACACCACUGAGAAGCGUCUCAAUGUUCUACCAACACAGACUGGUGAAGACGUGUCGGAGUUGUCCCACCAGACCCCCAAUGAGAUUCUGGAAUCUUGGUUUAAAGACAUAACUGGUUUGAUAGAAAUGGAAAACCAAACGGUGAGACAGUUGAAGGAUCUGAAGGUGAAAGAUCUGAAAGCCCUCGCCAAGGAGCGGGGUAUCCCAAGAUAUUACUGGAUGCGGAGAGACGAGCUCGUCGGGGCGCUGACCAGCACGUCACCACCACCACCACCCCGGCGGGUCCCUUUACCCAAACUUCUCAAAGGGCUACCACGUCCGCCUGAUAUUAUCCCAUCCAACACGUCGGAGAGUAUUCUCGACGGCCCGAUACCUGAGAUUGAUGUCCCCAUUCUCAAACCCUCCAAACCCACACGGAGUUCCCACGUCCAAUCACUUAAGCAUUUUGCAAACAGGACAGUCAACUCGAUCAAGAGCGAGUUAGAUGAGUUUGCGGAUUGGAUACUAUCUUAUGUCCCUGAGCCCAUCAAAAAGACCGCCAAAGAGGCUGUAGAUAAACGGGUCAAACGUCUGAAGGAGAGGAUUAAGCGUUUACACGGGGAAGCGGAAGAUCGCUUCACACCCAAGGAGCAAAAGACGGCGUUGAAGGGAUAUCUUAAGACUUAUGGGAUAGCCGGACAGGAGGGUUACGGUCCCAAGGAGUUUAUCACCAAGAUCAGACCAAAGGUUAUCAAACUCGUCAAUGACCGAAAGAAGCCCAUCAAGGUCAAGUUUGUCUUUACCUGCAGGUAUAUAAAAGAAGAUCUGGCUACAGGUCAGAUUGAGGAGGAGCUGGGAUAUCAUCAUACAGAAAAGCCUGAGAUCGUGACGGAGUCGACUGAUUUCUCUGAUUUGUUUAAUGUAAUGACGAAUCCUUUGAUCGGAUUAGUCGAAAAGUUCCAGAAGCAAGGCUCUGGGUGGCAGUUUGAUCGGGUGGAGUACUUUGAUAUUAACAUUGAUCCCUUUGAUCCUCUCUCCGGGAGCUCGUAUGUUGAACUACCAAAGGAGUUAGCGGUAAAGAAGGCGAUUAUCAAUGUGAGGAAUGAGAAUGAUCACAAGUGUUUCAAGUGGGCGGUAACCUCCGCCGUGUACCCCAAGAGGGAUAACCCUCAAAGACUCAGUAGAAAGAUGAUGGAGAACUCUGAGAGAUUCGACUGGUCGGGGAUAGAGUUCCCCGUCUCGUUGAGACAGAUCGACAAGUUUGAGAGACAGAACCCACAUACAGUCAAUGUGUUUACGUAUGAGGAGAAGAAAAUAUGUCCAUUGAGGAUCAGUGGGAAGGAUCCAUUCAAUGCAAUCAAUCUACUUCUCAUCUCAAACGGCGAGACGAGUCAUUACUGCUGGAUAAAGGACGUGAUGUCGUUAGUGUCUAGUCAAAUUGAUAAGUAUCACCAUACCCGAUUCCUAUGUUUUAGGUGUCUAAACUCGUUUCGGUGUGAAAUGGCGUUGGAGAAACAUUACGAGUACUGCUCAAAGAACGAGUCGGUCAGGAUAGAGAUGCCGAUGGAUAAAGACGGUAAGCCCCUUUACACUAGAUUCGUGAACUUUAACAGAAAAAUGCGGGUUCCCUUUGUCGUCUACGCAGACUUUGAGAGCUUCACAGAGAAUAUAGACACUUGCUCCCCAGAUGAGAGCAGGAGUUUCACUAAACAAUAUCAGAAACACAAACCGUCAGGCUUCUGCUAUCUCAUCAAAUGCAUUGAUGACGGUGUGUUUUCACCCAAGCUGGUUCAGAGGACGGUCCAAGGGUCUGCCGAGGAUGUCGCGCAGCUGUUUGUGGAGUCUCUCGAGUCAGACAUCAAGGAGAUUUACAAUAAGUUCAAGUUCCCCAAGGAGGUGGAGAUGACGCGGGAGGAUGAGAUGAACUAUGACAAUGUCACUCAUUGCCACAUCUGUGAGGGUGAGUUAGGAGAGGACAAGGUUUUGGACCAUUGCCACCUCACCGGGAAGUACAGAGGUGCUGCUCACAACGAAUGCAACCUUCGAUUUAGAGCUCCAAAGUUCUUUCCUGUUCUCUUUCAUAACCUCUCCGGGUAUGAUUCACACUUGUUUGUCAAGAAUCUUGGUACGUCGGAGGGUAAAAUAAACUGCAUACCUAAUAACGAGGAGAAGUAUAUCUCUUUCACAAAACAGGUUGUGGUCGACAGGUUUACGAACAAAGAGGGCAAACAGGUUGACGUUAAGCGUGAUAUCAGGUUUAUCGACAGUUUCAAGUUCAUGUCCGCUAGCCUCGACAGUCUAGUGAAGAAUUUACCGAGAGAGUCUUUCAAGAACCUCACGACUUACUAUGAGGGAGAACAGUUACAGCUGUUGUUGAGGAAGGGCGUCUUCCCAUACGACUGGUUCUGUAACUUUGAUCAACUAGACGCUAUCCAACUUCCGCCUAAAGAAGCGUUUUACUCGACUCUCAACGAUACGGACAUAUCGGAGGAAGAUUACCAACACGCGCAAAAAGUGUGGGAAACCUUCAAGAUGAGCACCAUGAGGGAUUACCACGAUCUCUAUCUUGAGUCGGACGUGCUCCUGUUGGCAGACGUUUUCGAGAACUUUAGAGAUGUCUGUCUCGAGAACUAUGGCCUGGACCCAGCCUGGUACUACACAGCACCCGGACUGGCUUGGGAUGCAGCCCUAAAGAUCACAAGGGUAGAGUUGGAGUUGCUGACCGAUUGCGAUAUGUUACUCAUGUUUGAGGAGGGUAUUCGCGGAGGUGUCUCCAUGAUAUCCACCAGACAUAGUAAGGCAAACAACCCCUACAUGAGAGAGUACGAUCCCAACCUACCGACAAAGUACAUUACCUACCUGGAUGCAAACAACUUGUACGGCUGGGCGAUGAGUAAACCUCUGCCCACUCACGGGUUCAGAUGGAUGACGGACCAAGAGCUGAAGGAGUGGGGACGUCACCCAUGCGUCGUGGAGGUUGACAUGGUGUAUCCACAUCACCUUCAUGAUUCACAUGAUGACUACCCGUUAGCUCCAGAGAGCAUCAAGAUUAACAAGGUAGGCAAGUUGAUCCCAAACCUUAACAACAAAACAAAGUACGUCGUCCACCAUGAGACUCUGAAACUUUAUGAAAGUCUUGGGUUAAAAGUCACGAAGGUUCAUAGGGGUAUCACCUUUGAGGAGUCUGGAUGGUUGAAGACCUACAUUGACCUAAACACGAGCCUCAGAGCAAAAGCGACAAACGAUUUCGAGAAAGAUUUUUUCAAGUUAAUGAACAACUCUGUUUUCGGGAAAACCAUGGAGAACAUUAGAAACAGGGUGGACAUCCGGCUGAUCACAAACGAGAAACAGGCUAGGAAACUAAUAUCAAAGCCUAAUUACAAGCAUCGUACCAUCUUUUGUGAAAACCUUGCGGCUAUCCACAUGAGGAAGACGAGACUGGUUUUCAACAAGCCCGUCUACUUGGGUAUGUGUAUCCUGGAUCUGAGUAAGAAUCUCAUGUAUGAUUUUCACUACGGUUACGUUAAACCAAAGUAUGGUGACAAGGCAAAGUUGCUGUUUACAGACACGGAUAGUCUGAUGUACGAGAUAGAGACGGAGGAUUUUUACAAGGACAUUAGCGGUGAUGUGAGAUCCAUGUUUGACACAAGCAACUAUCCAAGGAAUCACCCGUCUGGCAUCGAGUCAGGGUUGAACAAGAAGAUCAUUGGCAUGUUCAAGGAUGAGACUGGAGGUCUACAAAUCACAGAGUUCGUCGGGCUGAGAGCUAAACUCUACUCGUACAGGAUGGACGGUGGUGGAGAAGCGAAGAAAUGCAAGGGUGUCAAGAGGGCAGUCGUAAAGAAAACCAUCAGUCUCGAUAAUUACAAGGAUUGCUUGUUUGGUAAGGAGCCUCAGAUGAGGAUGAUGAAUGUCAUCAGGAGUCAUGGACACAAUGUCUACACCGAGACGGUGAACAAGAGGGCGCUAUCUCACGAGGACGACAAGAGAAUCAUCUGUGACGAUGGUAUUCACACCCACGCUCACGGUUAUCUCGGGAGUGUCUGA